UCGAAAGCCAUAAACUAUUUGAGGUGUAAUCUCCUCUUCCUAGCUCUGGUAUAUUCUUUUCUUUUUUUUUUGGUAAAACUCUGAUACAUUCUUACUAAAUGUUUCAAUGAUUUUUUUCUUUCUCUAUAAACUAACUGAUGAUGACACUUAUUUUGAACCUUUUAUGAUUCUAGUCAUGUAUAUAGCAUGCUAAGUUUAUUUUCAAGAGUUAUAUGUAUAUUUAUGUAACCUUUUUAGCCCUAAUCUGUCGAUAUGAUGCAGAGACUCGACGCCGUUCUUCGUCUCCGUAUCGAUGGAUGGUCACGCCGAUAUUCCUCCUUCACACUCCGGUCUCAGCCAAUACCCGAGGGCUAACCCUUUUGGUGACGAGAGUUCCAAUAGAGCAACCAUGCCGCCGCCUAGCGGAAGCUCACUCCCACCCUUUCCACCGACAGGUCAGCCAUUCCAGUUCGGGUCGCAGAAUUUCAUCCCCGCGGGAUCAAGCCCCUCGCAGUGGAUGUUAUCUCAGGUUCCACACACGAUGCUCGAGUCCUCCUCAGUAGGCUCAGGGAGUAGUCAGCCGGCGUCUGUCUUCUCAGGCCUGUUUAAUGCAGAUCAACUGAGUAAGAUUGCCGCCUCUGACGAACUGAAAGAGAUGGCAGAAUCUGAUCCUAAGCAUCUCAAAAUAACCUUGUCGAACCGGGAAUCAGCUGCACGUUCAAAGGCGAAGAAGGCGCUGCACGAGUCCGAGUUGGAAGACAAAGUCGAGACACUUGAGACUCAGAUUGAUAUAUUGACUGCCGAGCUCAAGCUUGAGAAGAGAGGAAGAAUGACGGCGGAUGACGAGUGCGUGCAAUUUAGGAUUCGUCUUCAUGCAGGGGAGGCGCAUGCACGACUUCGUGAAGACUUGAUCCAACAAUUGAAUGGAGAAGUUCGUCGGCUAAUAGAAGAGGCGAGUGUGCAGAGAGAAGAGAUGAGUAGGCUAAGAGAAGAGGUGAGCGAAUACCGGAGGAGGGAAAGUGAGAGAAUGAACGCAAACAUGUUGGAUCAACUCAACAUCAACCAGCAGUUUCAAGAGAAGCCGCAGCAGACAAAUUAUAAUUUCGAAUGAAGAAUUGCAUCAUGAUGAUCAUGGAUCCAAGGAAGUGGCAGCUUUGGUAUCCAGUAUUGAUUGAAGUAGUAUAAAUAUAUAUAUAGUUUAAAAAUAAAAGUUGUUUGAGUUUAUAUAUUAUAUGUGCAAGAGAGUCAUGCUAAGAUAUAAAAAAGAAUCAAUCCGAACUUCGGAAGGAUUUGAAAAGAAAUUCAGACAAAUGUGAUCUCUGUGUAAUGUCUUUUCUCAUCCAGUUGAAUAAAAAAAAAGGAGACUGUUUUAUAAUGGGAAUUUGCACUGUUUUUUUUGUCGUUGGAAUUUGCAUUGUAUAACUAUAAAAAAGCUAUAAUUUGACAAAUGACCAUAUGAAACUCAUGGCUACAGUAUUGUGUGUAAAUUAUGUAACUAGGUAUUUUGCCCGCAGAUGCGAGCAUAAUCAUCCUAUGAAUACUUAUUAUUUUAUGUAUUAUUAAUCCAAAAAUCGGCAUUAUAAAACUCUAAUUGGUGAACAUGUUAAAGGAAGAAAAUUAUAGUGAAUUAUUUGUUCCUCAAAAUUUAUACCAGUUAUGUUGAAAUUUUAGUCAAAUUAUUGAAAGGUAGAUCCCACUUUUUUCUUUUAAAUUCCCCAUUGAGGAAUGAAUUUAUAAGAAAAAAAUUUCUUAUGCAAUUUUGAUAAGGAACAAAUUGAACAAAAAUUUAUUUUUUUAUUUUUUCAAUUCCUCAAAUGAAAUUUUAUUUUUUAUUUUGUUCGUUUUUUCAU